GUCAAGUGCGCACCCUGCGUAAGCGCGCACGACAUCGCGCAGUGCACUACAGAGCGUUCAUCUCUCUCUCUAAACUCAGCGCGUAACCAUCACACACGCACUGGCAGUUUGGCAUUGCGCUUCGGAGCAGACUGGCACCGACGGGCAGGUCUAAGGACCUGGGGGAUACUGGUACUCUCUCCUCGUUCAUUCGCACCCACACUACUCCACGCGCGUGCUAUCGUGGCAGUACAGAAGCCCAACAAUCAGACAGCUGUCGACUUCAUGUCCGAGUCGCGCGCUACAUCACCAAUGCCGGGAUACGGUGCGCGCAGUCAGAUCUCCAGCGUGAGGACGCACGGCGAGUAUGUGAAGUAGUGACCGCAAGAAUGGACCGAAGGAAGUACUUCACCCUUCUGCUGCUUGUUUUUCACCUUCAACGCGCGUUCGGAGAGUUUUUUCCAGGCAACUGUUCGUUUGAAGAGCACUACAGUAAUUGCGGCUACAGCGUGGCGUUGGGGACUAAUGGCUUCGCCUGGGAGCAAGUCAACACCUGGGAGAGACCCUCCAUGGAUGCCGCGGUUCCCACAGGUUCCUUUAUGAUUGUCAACGCCUCUGGUCGUGCAUCGGGUCAGAAGGCUCACCUGCUCCUCCCCACAUUAAAAGAAAAUGACACCCACUGCAUCGAUUUCCACUACUCCCUGUCCAGCCGGGAUGGGACGAGUCCCGGAACCCUCAACGUCUAUAUAAAGGUGGACGGGGGUCCGCAGGGGAACCCCAUCUGGAACGCCUCGGCUCCAGUCACUGAAGGUUGGGUGAAAGCCGAACUGGCCAUCAGUACCUUUUGGCCCAACUCUUACCAGGUGAUAUUUGAGGCAGUGUCUGUUCAGGGGCAUCCUGGAUUCAUCGCUGUGGACGAGAUACAUGUUUUGGCCCACCCUUGCCGCAAGACGCCGCAUUUUCUGCGGCUGCAGAAUGUGGAGGUGAACGUGGGGCAGAACGCUACCUUCCAGUGUAUUGCUGGAGGCAAAUGGUCACAGCACGACAAACUCUGGCUUCAGCAAUGGAACGGCAAGGACACAUCUCUCAUGGUGACCCGUGUUGUGAACCAUCGGCGGUUCUCGGCCACCGUCAGUGUCACGGACACAUCACAGCGGAGUACCAGUCGCUAUCGCUGCGUCAUACGCUCCGACGGGGGCUCUGGGGUUUCGAACUACGCCGAGCUCAGCGUCAAAGCUCCCCCCACACCCAUCGCUCCCCCGGAACUUCUCGCCGUUGGCGCCACUUACCUAUGGAUCAAGCCAAAUGCCAACUCCAUCAUUGGUGACGGGCCCAUCAUCCUUAAAGAAGUGGAGUACCGCACCACCACAGGAAACUGGGCCGAGACGCACGUCGUAGACGCGCCAACUUACAAACUCUGGCAUUUGGACCCAGAUGUGGAAUAUGAGAUUAAGGUCCUGCUGACCCGGCCUGGUGAAGGGGGCACGGGACCCCCGGGGCCACCCCUUAUCACUCGGACCAAGUGUGCUGAUCCAGUCAACGGUCCGCAAAACGUCAACGUGGUGGACAUCCGCGCGCGUCAGCUGACCCUGCAGUGGGAGACCUUCGGGUAUGCGGUGACCCGCUGUCACAGCUUUAACCUGACCGUUCAGUACCAGUACGUCUUCAACCAGCAAGAGUUUGUAGCUGAAGAGCUCAUUCCAACAUCUUCUCAUUACACGCUGAGGGGACUCAGGCCUUUUGUGACGGUCAGACUGCGUUUGGUGCUGGCCAAUCCUGAGGGCAGUAAGGAAAGCGAGGAGAUCGUCAAACAGACAGAAGAAGACGUUCCCGGCCCCAUUCCAAUGGAAUCUAUUCAGACGGGCCCAUACGAGGAGAAGAUCUUCAUGCAGUGGAAAGCCCCCAACGAAACCAAUGGGGUCAUCACUCUAUAUGAGAUCACCUAUAAGGCUCUCAGCUCUCUGGACCCCACUGCGGACUUGACAACACAACGCGGCCGUGUCUUCAAACUUCAAAACGAGACUCAUCAUCUCUUUGUGGGCUUGUAUCCAGGCACCACCUACUACUUCACUCUGAAGGCCAGCACGAAUAAAGGCUUCGGCCCACCUGUGACCACACGAAUAGCCACCAAGAUUGCAGCUCCAUCUAUGCCGGAGUACGAGACCGAUUCGCCACUCAAUGAGACUGACACGACGAUCACUGUCCUCUUAAAACCCGCCCAAUCACGAGGAGCUCCAGUCAGUGCCUAUCAAGUUGUGGUUCAAGAGCAACGCAAGCAGAAAGUUCGUCGAGCCACUGACGUGUUGGAAUGUUUUCCGGUUCCAGUCAGCUUCAGAAACGCUUCCAUCUUGGAUUCACCGCACUACUUUGCGGCCGAACUCCCUCCGGUUAGCCUCGCCGUGGUACAACCCUUUACUAUAGGAGACAACAAGACGUAUAACGGUUACUGGAACGCUCCACUGUCACCAGCCAAGAGCUACAGCAUUUACUUUCAGGCCAUGAGCAAAGCCAACGGGGAAACCAAAAUCAACUGUGUGAGACUAGCUACCAAAGUGGUAAUAGGUAGGGGACAAAAUACCACGCCCUACAUUCUUGUAAUUCCCAGUGAAGGUGCAUCUACCCAGAAUUCCAAUGACACAGAGCCUGAAAAGCAGGUGGAUAGCACAGUGAAGAUGGCAGGUGUCAUUGCUGGAAUCCUUAUGUUCGUCAUCAUUCUUCUGGGCGUUCUCCUCACCUUCAAACGCAGAGAAAUCCACACCUGGAGAACUCUAAGUGUGGGAAAAAAUGAUAACGGGCGGGUUUGGAACCACAUGGGAAGAAAUGCGUAUUCCUAUUCGUAUUACCUGAAACUGGCUAAAAAGCACAAGGAGACGGCCAGCAGCAGUACGCAGAGGGAGAUGGGGCCCGUCGGCACGGCAGAUAAAAGCACAGGAAAAGUCAGCACUCUCCAUAAGGACGAUCCGUUCUCCACCAGCAGCCAGGACCUCAACGGAUUCUCAUCCUCCUCUCCGUGUUCCUUCUCCAUUCAGGGUAAAGCCCUGCAGAGUAAAACGCUCAUCAACUCGUAUUACUCAGUUUCUAAGGAGCCCGUUCCUGCCACGACAUCCAUAGAUGGCAGCCAUAGUGAGAUGUCCCAGCCCUCCAUGACCAUCCAGACGUACCCAUAUGGAGGCUGUGAGUCCGUGGAAAUGUCCUACCAGGCCGGUCAGUUCCAGCCGGCAAUACGAGUGGCGGAUUUGCUUCAACACAUCACCCAGAUGAAAUGCGGCCAGGGUUAUGGGUUUAAAGAAGAAUAUGAGGGUCUGGCUGAGGGACAGACGGCCCCGUGGGAAACCGCCAAGAAGGAUGAGAACCGUAACAAGAAUCGCUACGGCAACAUCAUCGCUUACGAGCACACUCGUGUCCGGCUGCAACCGCUGGAGGGAGACCCCCAUUCGGACUACAUAAACGCCAACUACAUAGAUGGCUACCACAGACAGAGGCACUACAUAGCCACACAAGGCCCCAUGCAGGAAACAGUGAGGGAUUUUUGGAGGAUGAUUUGGCAGGAGAAUUCUGCCAGUAUCGUCAUGGUAACCAACCUGGUGGAAGUGGGCAGGGUGAAAUGUGUGCGCUACUGGCCGGACGAGACGGAGGUGUACGGCGACAUCAAAGUGACGUUGAUCGAGACGGAGCCUCUUGCAGAAUAUGUGAUCAGAACCUUUACUGUCCAGAAGAAGGGCCAUCACGAGAUGCGCGAAAUCCGGCAGUUUCAUUUCACCAGCUGGCCUGACCACGGCGUUCCCUGCUACGCCACCGGCCUGCUGGGCUUCAUUCGCCAGGUCAAGUUCCUCAAUCCUCCAGACGCCGGGCCCAUCGUGGUCCACUGCAGUGCUGGGGCCGGCAGAACGGGCUGUUUCAUUGCUGUGGAUAUUAUGCUGGACAUGGCAGAGAGUGAAGGUGUGGUGGACAUCUUUAACUGUAUCAGAGAGCUGCGAUCACAAAGAGUUAACAUGGUUCAGACCGAGGAGCAGUAUGUGUUUGUGCAUGACGCCAUCUUGGAAGCGUGUUUGUGUGGGAACACGGCAAUCCCAGUGUGUGACUUCAGAGCCAUUUACUACAACAUCAGCAGACUGGACUCUCAGACCAACUCCAGUCAGAUCAAAGACGAGUUUCAGACUCUGAAUAUAGUGACCCCGCGUGUUCGCCCGGAGGACUGCAGCGUGGGACUGCUCCCGCGUAACCACGAUAAAAACCGCAGCAUGGACGUCCUCGCCGUGGAUCGCUGUCUGCCUUUCCUCAUCUCGGUUGAUGGCGAGUCGAGCAAUUACAUAAACGCAGCGCUAAUGGAUAGCCACAAACAGCCGGCGGCCUUCAUUGUAACGCAGCACCCGCUUCCCAACACAGUGGCAGAUUUCUGGAGGCUGGUGUUCGACUACAACUGCUCCUCCAUCGUGAUGCUGAAUGAAAUGGAUGCUGCGCAGCUCUGCAUGCAGUAUUGGCCCGAGAAAGGUUCCUGCUGCUACGGCCCCAUUCAAGUUGAGUUCAUAUCUGCCGACAUCGAUGAAGAUAUUAUCAAUCGCAUCUUCAGGAUCUGCAACAUGGCACGGCCUCAAGACGGCUACCGGCUGGUCCAGCAUUUCCAGUUCAUUGGUUGGCCAGCGUACAGGGACACUCCGCUGUCCAAGCGCUCCAUCCUGCAGCUGGUCAGACGAUUGGCCAAAUGGCAGGAGCAGUAUGAUGGAGGAGAUGGACGCACGGUGGUCCACUGCCUGACUGGUGGAGGACGCAGCGGGACUUUCUGUGCCAUCUGUAGCAUCUGUGAGAUGAUCCAGCAACAGAACAUUGUGGACGUGUUCCACACAGUGAAGACGCUGAGAAACAACAAAGCCAACAUGGUGGAGACGAUGGAGCAGUACAAAUUCUGUUAUGAGGUGGCUCUGGAGAGCUUGAACGGCUUCUAAACACAUGAAAGGUGAAGACGAGAGAAAAACAAGGCAGGCAAUCUUCUCUUCCUCGGAACGACAUCUCAUCUCAACACGGACUCGCCUCUCCUCUGAGCUUCUGUGAUGAGAAACAAGCUCAGCCCUCGACUCGGGGUUCGCUGUAAAAUACUGUAUAAAUAAAACGAAACGUUCUUCGCCAUUUCUUUCUUCUGUCAAUGUCCAGUAUCCUGGGCCGUGAAGUGAAUCUUGUACAGGUUUUCCUUUCUUUUUAGCUAUACGCCUUGAAUGUUUCCCAUCCGUGUAAGGAACAACGGUGAUAACAAAAGGUUCUUUCUACGUGCCAGCUGGGAUUAACCAAAUAGACUUUCCCUGAGCUAUGUACAGAUUUAAAGAAAAUAAAAAGACAAAAACAAGAAAGCUUAAGCGAAUUUGUGGAGAAACGUGAGGACGGAUAUUUUUGUUAUUCUGAUGGUUUCGUGGUUCCUUUCUUUGACGCAUUUGUCCGUCCGCCUGCAGUCUCUCACACGUGUGCAGUUUGCUACAGAACAUACAGAUAUCUGUUCAUUGGAAAGUUGGAAUCUUGGGGUAAUAUUUGUUCGGUUGAUAUUUCUGUCUCUUUUCUUUCAGUGUUGCUUCUUUCUAUAAACGGCCGAUGCCAUGUUGAAUUUAGUUUUCUUGGUAUGGGCAGUGAAUGAGGAUUUAAAGUAUUUUCUAGUUUGUCAUUUGCACUUUACAUGUGUUACGCCUCCAAAGGAAAAUUUUAUGAAAGCUGUGGAGAAAUAUCCGGGUCAUAUUUCAGGUGAAAAGAGAAAUAAAUAUUUCGCAUAAAGCAAGGAAAGGAUCAUUAAGAUUUUGACAUGACAAUAAAGAACAUGUAAACCCUCCUUUUAUCAGAGCUUACUGUAAUGUAAAAAUAAUAUAUUAUUUAAGUGAUUCAAAAGUACAUUUGAAAGCUUAUGUAUGAACAUGAUACUAUUUAAUGAAUUUAAUUUUCAAAAAUUCAAAGAGAAUGGUUUUCAUUAUAUCCUAAUAAUGGAAAUGAGAUUCUAGAAUUAGAUCAUUGUAAUGAGAAUAUGUAAAGAAACCUUAAUUCGUGAGUCGUAAAAAUAACCAGUCCCAGUUUUCUUUAUGCAAAAUAUACAUUUAUUAAUUUUUUUUCUAUCGAUUUUAGACUGAAACAUGACCUGGACACGCUCUUGAGAUUCACCCUGAAUCUUUGUGUUUGUAAAUCCUCUUGCGUCGUCCGAUUUGAUUUAAAGUGCCAUAUUCUCAUGUUCAAUGAAACACUUGAAAAACUGCCACCAAACCACAGAUGGGAUGCAUGUCAGAAACAUGCACACAACUCUUUUGACCAAUAAAACAGCUGGCAUCAAUACAACUUUACCAGUGUUUGGUUGCAGGAACUCCAUACGCUUUUUAAACAGACUUCGACUGAUCAGCAGUGUUUUUCAAUGUGAUAAAAAUGCAAGAAAUUUGAGUUGUAAAUUCAAGACUUUUGCACGAAAACUGUGACUUGACUGUGAUUUCUGCUUCUUGAACUGCUGAAACAUGUAUUUGCAAGAAUAUAUGUUGUUUAGAAUAUCUUUAAAAAAAACAGCCGUUACACAAUGUCUAUUGGACACACAACCAGAGUUUGUAUUCACAAUGAAAGAAAAAGAAAAUACUUGCUAAUUUGUAAUGUAAACAUUUUUUUUUUUGCAAUGUGUUCUUGAUUUUUUUCACUGCCUGUGUUUUGUUUGACCACUUUAUUUUAAUUUAUUUGUACUUUUUUAAACUAUUAUUUAUCAUUUAUUUGUCUAGAGAAGUGGUUUAUGUAGAGCUGGUUAUUUCAUUGGUGGUUCUGUUGCUUGGAAUUGUGAUAACUAAUAAAGGGACCAAAAUGUUGAA